AUGACUACAGUAACCGAGUUUUUUACACUUAUUGCCAAGUUUUUGGUCAGUUGGGUCACCCUGAUGUACCUGUGCAUCCCCUGCUCCUUCAUUGUACUUGAACAUAACAACUAUGGACAGUUAAUGUGUGAUGCCAUUGUAGCCAAAUACGCCACCGUAUAUUGA